UAUCCGAUUAGAAGACAUCGAUCAGAAUGAAAUCCUUUUGCGGAGGUCUGAUAUUUGGCAUCCUUGUGGCCGGCAGCUUGGCGGCUCCUCACGGAGGACAUGCCACCAGCUACAGCUCGGUGACCAAGCACGAAGAACCCAUCCACAAGGCCUACGGAUAUGGAUACGACCAUGAUGUGAUCAGUGCCUACGGAGGAGUCUACGGACACGGUUAUCCCAGUCACGGAUAUUCCGGCCAUGGCUACGAUAAGCACGAACCCGAUCACUAUCCAAAAUACCACUUCGACUACGGUGUCAAGGAUGCCCACACCGGAGACCAGAAGAGCCAGUGGGAGACCAGGGACGGCGACAAGGUCAAGGGCAGCUACUCCCUCAAGGAGUCCGAUGGCACCACCCGCGUGGUGGAGUACACCGCCGAUGACCACAAUGGCUUCAAUGCCGUCGUCAAGAAACUGGGCCAUGCCGUUCACCCUCAGGUCUACCACAAGGGCUACGGACACGGCGACAUCUACGGCUCGGACUACGGCUACGGACACGAUGUGGCGCAUUAUGGUGGUUAUGGACACGGCGGACACGGACAUGCCAGCAGCUACGUGAGCGUGAAGCAACUGCACUGAUCAAAGGACCUCCAAACGAAAGCGACCCUAAGUGAUUCACCUGACUAAAGAAAGCUUUUUUACUCAUUUAG